UUGUAAAAGAAGAGAUAUGGCGGGAACGGGAAAUGAUCCGCAGAAACAACUCAUAAGCAUCAUCCGCAAUUUCGCUACCGAGAGAUCUCAAGGAGAACGAAGAGUAGUUGCACUUCGGAAGCAAAUCGAAACGCUUAUAUCAGAGUUGAGCGAGGUCAAUGCGGAGCUUGAGAAAUCUAAGCGCUGCAAAGAACUUGUUGAACAGGAACUUAAAGGCUUUGAACUUCAUUUGUUUUUGAGUGAAGCUUCAGUUCAAACGCUAGAGGCUAGGGUUUCUUUAACUCAGGUUGACAUGUCUGUUGUGGAAUCUUAUUUGGAAACACUAAAGGAUGAAGGAGUGAUUUCACGUGAGCAAUUCAUUCACCAAAUGCUUGACCUGAAUGCCAAAAUAAGGAAAUUUCAAGAGAGCAUCGUUACUUGUGACACUGAUGCAGUAGAAUAUGCAGCUUGUAGAGAUCCAGCAGAAGUAAUUAUGAAAGAAAAUGAUGCUGAUGUUGCUCUAGGGGCUCUUGAAAGUAGCCUUUUGGAGAUAACAUCUCAAACAACUAAAGAGGAGGCUGAAUUCCAAGGCCAACAGAAAAUUUAUGAGAACGUCCAGCGUGAAUUGAUUGACCGUGAAAGAAAGCUGUCAUUAAUGAAUAUGAUAGUCAAAGAAACAAAAGAAUUGCAAGAUCUCACCUUGCAGUCUUCAAAAUUAGAAGCAACACACAGUUCACUUGGUGAGGAACUUCAGAACAGAUCCAAGUGUCCUAGAUGUCAUCUGGACAAUUUGGAGUCUCUCAGUGCGGUUCUGCAGGCAAAUGAAGAAGACUGAUGUUUCAUACAAUUAUUGAUAAAUAAUAUUCCAUUAAAUAAUAACAACGUGAGUAAGGGGCAACUUGAUUUGACAGCCUAUACAAGAACAAAGGGCAAAUGUAACCGCACACGUGGCCUUAUCUGAUAAUUCAGCCUAUGAUGUCAUUAGUUGCAUAUCCUUAUACACCUGCAUGGAAGAAAAGAAACAUACCUAUAUCAACACUAUGUACCUAUUAAAUAUUGCCACCUGUUAAAUAUCUACUCGGAUUCAGUGUUAUAUUUAAUACGUGUAAGCUUCCAAUAGUUCAUUUUUGUAAUAUGUAGUUGGGUCAAUCAGAAUUUCUAGCCGACAGUCAAUUUCACCUGACACAGGAAAAAUCAAUAGCAAUAUUUUGAAUAAACCAUUAA